AGCGAAUUUCAUGAGCUCCUGCUGAUCCGAGCUGUCUUCAAGCAUGCUCAAGGACAGGAGACUGAACGCUGCUAUGUCAGCUGUUGCCGCGUGCUGCCUUCUUGCAGUAGUGGUGCAGCUCUCGAGCACACCAAGGAGGCAGGAGCUGGAGACAGAGAGGCUGUGGGGAGGACUCUGGUCGAGUCUGGACGACAAUGUUCCGAACAACAACCACGUUGUCGACAUCGGCGGCGACGUGGUCAGAGAGGCUGGGACGAUCAGACCGAAAGGAGGGUCACCAGAGUUCCUUGCUGAUGUCAUUCACCAUCCAAGGCACGCAGGAGGAGUUUACUGGGGGCAGCCGAAUCUCAACGGUCAAAGACGAAUGAGGAUAAAGAAGAUCACGAAGAUUGUGAAACAGCCAACAAAUGGGUUGAUCUAUCAUCUGCAGCAUCAGAGGUCACAACCGAUGCCGGCAUGGUACCACCGCAAUCAACCACUGCGAGCACACCCGUUGAUCGCCCGUCCUCGCUCACUACACAAGUACGCUAGCUCGACCGCAAGCCACCUUCCCUUUCAUCCUCUUGUGGUCAAGCCAACACACAAGACUGUUGCCCCGUCCCCGCACGUGCCGCUUGCACACCCGCUGAAACAGCUAGUGCAUCCUGCUGCUCCUAUCAAGAGACCCGCAGCGCCAUCUCAUGUUUCAGCUCCGGUAGUUGACCUGCCCAAGAAAGAGAAUAAGAGCUCUCUUUCAAUGGCAAUGAUUGCGAAGGCCUACCUGCGAGCUCAAAAACUUGCUGAUGAGCAGAAGAAACAUGCAGAACAGGAAGCAAAUCAGAAGAAGCAGUCGACGGAGAAGAAGGAGGAACUGGAGGCCAAAGCUCUCGACCAAACCGCCUCUUCUCUCAAGAACCUUGCUAAGGUAAUGGACGAGAAGAACUUCAAGUCAGACCCCAAGAAACUUGCAGCCAUUGCCAAGAGGCUGGCAGUAGUCAGUGAAUCGCUCUCUGGCAGCGCGCAAGACGAGGUUCGAACGCUGAAGAACAUGUCGUGAUGCUCUGAAGCAGUUAACGUAGUCGCUGUCUGUAAGAGAGUAAUAGCGUCUCGUUCUGAUC